AUGGCUGCUGCUAGCGAGCCCUCGGGGCAAGUUCAUGAUGAUGUCCUGGACGGCCAGCCGCCGCCGGGAUUCGAAAGUGAAGAUAGGCGUUCAGACGCCCCGGAAAGGCCACCUGAACCUUCGUUCAGGUACAGCAGUCGGAAAGACGAUAGUGAGACUGGCUCCAGCCGAGACACCGGAGCCAACGGCGACCCCGCCGACCGCAUUCGCAGCAACACCACUCCUUCCGAGUGGGACGACUCCAGAUGGGGCUGGGGACGAAGCCAGGAGACUCACUCUUGGGGAGAAGAGUGGGAAAGGCCUGGCGAACAGCAGAGUCGCCAGACAGACGCAUGGGGACGACGAGCAAGCUGGGAGACCGGCAUUAGCUUCAACAGUGGUGGCGAUGAUCGCCAAGCCUGGCGACCCGAAGAUCCCUGGUCCCAGGGACGAGACCCCUGGUCAACCGGGAAGAAUGAUGGCUGGCAUGGAUGGGCUGCCGACGAUGGGGCAUGGCGAGUACCCCGAGCCGAUCCCCAGGCAGAUGGCCGAGCUGGACACGGGCGAGGAAACGAUCAUGCUGAAGACCAACGAGGACAAUGGGUGAGCUGGAAGGCCGACUGCGGCCGCCCGACAUGGCCUGGGGACUUCGAUGUUGGGUUCCGGGCAUACGAAGAGCGAGGCGGUGGACACCGCCCCGCUGGCCGUGCCUCCGAGAAGUUGAACGUUCCCUCGUUCACCGGAGAGGACAUCGAGGACUUGGGGGGAUCGGCGAGAUCGUAUCUUCGACAAGUGGAAGCGUGGAGGAGAAUGACAUACUUAUCCACCUCUCAGCAAGGCUUGGUGCUGUACCAGAACCUCGGGGGCAAAGCUUGGAUCGCGGCCGAGGAGCUGUCGGUCAAGACCCUCGCCUCCGACAAAGGCGUCGACUACCUGAUCGCCUGGAUCAAUGCCCGCUUCUUGGACCUGGAGGUGGCGAGGAUUGGUCGGGCCUUCUCCGACUUCUUCAGGCGCCUUCGCAGGAAGCCCAACCAGACGAUCAGGGAGUACAACACCGAGUACGACAGGCUGCACGCGAGGCUGAGGGAGGUCGGGUGCUCUUUGCCGGAGGAGUGUGCCGCCUGGCUGUACCUGGACAGGAUGCAGCUCGAGGAGGCUCAGGAGCUGAACUUGUUGGCAAGUGUGGGAAAUUGCUACAGUCUCCAUCGCCUUCAACAAGCAGCAGUGCUCCAUGACAGGGGGCAGAGGAAGCCAUGGGAAGGAAACCGACCCCGGAAACCUCACUCUGCCCACAUCACCGACAACGCCGACGGUGGCCUUGGAGACGAUGGUUCCCGCAGCGGCAGCGAGCUUGAAGACGGGGUCCCAGAGGAUGUCGCCAUCGCCUAUGCCACCUACCAGAGCGCCAAGGAGAAGUAUAAGGAGCAGACGAAGGCCAGAGGAUAUCAAGGCGACCGUGGAGAGAAGAGCAAGCAGAAAGGAGGGGACAUGUCUCACGAAGAGAAGGUCAAGCUGAUGAAGAGUCGUUCCUUCUGCUCGUCUUGUGGGAAGAAAGGACAUUGGCAUCGAGAUCCCGAAUGUCCUAACCAUGGUCGUGGAGUGUUCGCCUUGAAGUAUGAAGGGACAGGCCUCGUUGGGAUCACGGACACGGCGUGUGCGAAGUCGGUGGCAGGAACAAGCUGGCUUCAGGCCUACAGCGACCAGAUCGAGAAGAUCCACAAGAAGCCAGAGCUCGUCAGAGAGUCAGAGGCCUUUCGGUUCGGCACUGGGAAGAUCCACCACUCGUCCUUCCAUGUCGUGAUCAGCUUUAAGCUUGGUGCGAAGGUGGUGGAGCUGAAGACCUCUAUCAUCAAUGGAGACGUACCGCUCCUUUUGUCAAAAGGGGCACUUGCCCAAAUGGGCAUGGUGUUUGACGUGGCCGCCAAUUGCGCGGAUUUCGGGGCUGUUGGGCUGAAGGCCUUCGAGCUCAUCACCACAUCAUCGGGACAUCCGGCUAUCCCGAUUGUUCCGGCCAGUCCAGCUCAAUCGGCUGUCAGGCUGGUCAUUUCCGACCACGAUCCUUCGAGCAACGGGCAAUACACGGCUUUUGCGGUUUCUGCUUUUAGCACUCUUCGUCCAAAGCCUGACCCCACUACAACUUCAGAUUCGGUGCAGUGCUUCCCCACCGAUAGCAAGGUCCAGCAGUACAGAAUCUUCUAUGACAAGAAGCUUAGUACGGAGGUAAAGGAGCUCCUUACCCAAGAUCGCCUACCAGCACAGUCCUUUAUCGCAUGGUGGGGGCAAACGAAGAUCACUUCGGAUUUCUGGUUGGAAGGGGAGUUUGCUUGGCACAGGAUGACGCGUCGGAAGCUUCUUUCCCGCUGCUCUGGGUUGGCCGAAGUACUUUUGCCAAGCAUAGCAUGCCACGCCCUCCUGCCUCUGAUCCGCAUCGUGAUGAGCGCUCCAUGCCCCCCUACGAGUCGGCCGCCGGCGAUCAACAAGAUGUCGAAGACCCAACUUCUUGCCGAGUGCAAUCGACUGGGACUGGUGGUGCAUCACGGAUGGAGUUGCCCGGAGAUCAAAGCGGUGAUCAUGGAGGACAGGAUGAACAAAGCCGAGUCGGAGCCGGGCUACAUCAUGAAGUCCAUCGCCAAGCUCAACCUGCCCGAACUCAAGCAGAAGGCCGACUCCCUGAACGUGCAGUACCCCAGCAAUGUGACGAAGGGAGCCCUCCUAAGACUGGUGCGCGAGUCCCUCAACACCCCAGCGACGGAGCUCAUGCAGAUCGGGAAGUUCCGGGGCUACGAGUUUGGGGAGAUCCCGGACAGCUACGGGAGUUGGGCGCUAAAGGAGAUCAAGAUGAGCUCCAAUGCACAUCCGGAACUCGUCCGCUAUGCACGAUGGUGGGAGGAGAACCAGAAGAAGCGGUACUCCGGGACCGGAACAUUCGAGGAGAAUGCCAUCGUGCCUUUCCCGUCCGACAUGGCCUCGGACAGCGGAACGUCCUCGAGUUGGGGGGUGAUCCACGACAGGACAUCCGGGUCGGAUAUGCCGCAUCCAGUGAUGGCUCGGUCGCAGAAAAGAACCAAGGAGCAGAACGACGGCGAGAAGAUGGAAGCAGAGUCCGAUCCCCAAGCGCUCGAAGAGAUCCAGGCCCUCGAGACCAAGCUGGCAAUCCUCAAGGAGAAGGCAAAGACAGGGGGCAAGGGGCACAAAGGGGGUCAUGUACCCAAGGAAAAGGGAGCCGGUGAAGAGAUCUAUGAGCACGAGGGCAGCCAUUUUGGAAGUAAGACCUCCGUGCAGAAGGGCGGCUGUUGCGGCCGCGAUGAUCCGACUACCCACAGCGGACACUUCAUCUCCCAAGAGGACCUUCGCAGAGGGUUGGAGAAACAGUCCAUAAACUAUGCCUGCCAGGCCGCCAAUGCCCACGAAGCAGAUGCCUUUGAGGGAGCCCUCGCGGAGGGCGACUUCUCCUUCGUGAAACUCGAGCAGCUCCUCCGAGGCAUCGGGAUAUCCGAGAAGAACAAUGGCAGGCCCGGCCUGCAUGGGCAUGAAGGUGUUCCCAUGAAGUACCACACCUUUGGGCUGUUCAGUCAUGGUGGAGUGUUCGGAGUGACCAACAACACGAAGAAUUACAGCAGCGUCGUGAAGUAUGUGAAUGCCUUUGGCAGACACCACCUCGGGCCGAAAGCCAAGUGGACCUCGGUGACCCUUACUCACGACGCCGGAGCCGAGGUGCAUCACGACUACAACAACCUGCGCGACACCAGCAGCUAUGUCGUGUCGUUGGGACAAGACGCUGGAGGGGGCUUGUGGGUGGAAGACCGAAAGGUCAAAGAGGAGGACAUUGAGCAUGGGACGGUCAAAUGGCGACGACUACCUAACGGACGAUGGCUCCCCGGGCGGAUCGUCGACACCAAGGAGAACUUCUACGAGCUGGACCCCUUCCUCAAGCAUGCAGUUGAGCCGUGGACUGGAACGAGAUGGUCGCUAGUCUUCCACACCACCAGGAACUUUGUCAAGAUCGGCCGAGAACUCCGGUCGUUCCUCAAGGGGUGUGGUUUUCCCCUUCCCGGGCGAGUGAACUCAACCCACAAGACCGACCUCGUUAUCGAUGAUGAGAAGAGCAAGAAGCCCGGAAAGGUGACCCGGCGAACAAUCUUCAACAAUGCGGCGAAGAUCAGUGUCAUGAUUGCGACCCUCAUCUCGGCAGCUACCUCCUACAUGGCCACCUACACAUUGCCCGAGGUAGAGGCGGCCCCCAUUGUGAUCUUUGAGAUCGGAAGCACCGAGGCCACCGAAGAGGCGGUUGCCCUUGGCAAGGAUGUAUUCGAACCUAUGGAUUGGGAGACGUUCGCUUCACCAGAAGGGAAGGGCACCGCGCAUCACAUCAUCCACGGGGCUUCUCCGAAGGAGCUCAAGGUCGCAUUGGGUGGGAAGCCAGACAGCUGCAAUGAGGCACUCCUCGAGUUGAUCGAGCAACAACUUCAUGAAGGCGGGGCAGUCGUCGUCGAAGGCGAAACGUCCGACUCUCUGUUCCUGGACGAGAAGUUCCAGGGGAUUCUUGAGAACCACACCCAGUAUGUAACCCAAUCGGACUUGGCGAAGCAGGUGGUGAUGUACAAGUCUCGACCAGAUCGACUACCUGUGCGUGGACAAAACAGAGUGCAUCAUGUAUGUGCAGUUGAGCAAGUACAGCAGCACCGGCAAGGAAGAGACGAGGUCGUCAUGGAUGGAAGCGGCAUCGUCUUCGGGGAAGGCACCCCGCCGAGAGUGGCAUCGGCCCUUAGGAGAUUGCACCAGAAUUUGGGUCAUCCUCGUCAAGCUGAUCUCAUCCGACACCUUCGCCUAGCGGGUUGCGACAACGAGAUUCUCAAAGGGGCUAGGUCCCUCAGAUGCCAGGUCUGCGACGCCAAUGUCGCCCCGCGAAUUGCUCGCCCGAGUGUGGUCCCGCAGCUGUGCGACUGGAACGACACGGUUGGGGUAGACAUUUUCUAUGCUCAUGACAUCGACGACAAGAAGCACACCUUUCUGUCCGUCGUCGAUUACGGAACCACCCUUCAUCAGGUCGUCCGUGUCGAUGGCCAGUCUUCCGACGACAUCGAGGGCAAGUUCAACGAGCUGUGGAUACUGCCCUAUGGUCCUCCUAAGGUGGUCGUUGCCGACCUAGACGGGGGGGUCCAAGGGGCGAUCGGCCGGCUUUGUGAGUGGCACAACAUUGGCAUGAGGAGCAUCGCCGCGCAGAGUCAUUGGCAAGCUGGCAUGGUGGAACGACAACAGGCCUGGUGGAAGAAUAUCUGGGAGAAGCUCGUGUACCAGCUUAGCAUCGGCGAGGAAGAAGUCGACAUAGCAGUCCCCAUCGUCAAUGGAGCAAAGAACGACCUCCGGCGUCGAUGUGGACAUAGUCCAUCGCAAUGGGUGUUCGGACGAGCUCCUCGACUACCCGAAGACUUGCAAGACCCCGACGGCGGCAACUUCGUCACCUGGGAUGUUAGCGAGGAUUCGAGGUUCCAGAGGCAGUCCGCUAUGCGGGCGGCAGCUCGAGUGGCUUUCCAUCAAAGCCAAGUGGACAGCAGGCUCAGGAAGGCUCUCUUGCAAAGAACUCGCACGACGCCCCGCCCCAUCGAGAUCGGAGAGAGUGUUCACUUCUGGCACAAACCCAAGAAUCGUCGUCGAGGACAAUGGACUGGGCCAGCAGUGGUUGUUGGCAAAGAGGGCAACAAUUACUGGAUCUCCAACAAUGGGAGGUGCAGAUUGACUUCGCCCGAGCACAUCAGGGGGUCCACUCCCGAGGAGGUAGGUGCCUUCUUGGCCAUGAAGGGCACACAGCAGGAAGUCGAGAAGCUCCUCGAGUACGACCCAGAUGGAGAUGAGGCCUUUGAGGAUGAUGAUGACCUCAUAUCCGACUACGUGCCCGACGACCUCGAAAUGGCAGACCCCGACGACGAAGGCCCUGUUCUCGAACCUGGUUUGGAAGAACAACCGUCGCCCUUGCCAAGUAGGAGGCUCAAGCGAAAGACCGCAGUUGCCGAGCUCGAGACCGCGGAGCACGAAGCCAUGAUGUUGAGAAGCGACCUCACUCGAAGGGGCGUUGAGAAGCGAAAGGAGAAGGAGCUCAAGUGGAACGAAAUCCCACAAGAGGUACACGACAAGUUCCUUCACGCAGAAAGAGUCCAGUGGGAGGAGCACUUGAGCUAUGAUGCACUACAACCGCUGACGACAUCAGAAAGUGAGCGAGCCAGGCAGCAAGUGCCGGCGGAAAGAAUCCUUCGGUGCCGAUGGGCCUACAAGGACAAGAACUACUCCAAGCGAAGGGAAGGGGGCGGAGACAUUCCCUGGAAGUGCAAGUCGAGGCUAGUUAUAGCCGGCCACACAGACCCAGACCUUGGAUCCGAGUUCUUGUCUACCGACGCCCCUACCCUGUCGCGAUGUGGCCUGGCUUGCUUACUUCAAUUGGCAGCCUGUGGACUUGGAGACAGCGAUCCGUGGUCGCUUUCUGCAGGUGACAUCAAGUGUGCCUUCCUCACCGGCAGCUAUCUCACAAGGGAGCUCUACAUGCACCAGCCGAAGACAGGGUUCCCCGGAAUGCUGCCGGGACAGCUGGUGAAGAUCAAGAAGAAUGUGUUUGGCCUCGCCACUAGUCCUCACGAGUGGUGGGGAGACCUACAGGAAGGGUUCAAGGGGUGCUCCAUCGUCGACGAAGCCGGCAGGGAGUUGCGCUUCGACCAAUGCGCUCUCGAUCCUUGCAUCUUUGUGCUGAGGGAAUGGAAAAACGGACACUUUACUGGCCCUCCCGCUGCAUACGUUGGUUGCCAUGUCGACGAUCUACUGGUAGUCGCACCGAGAUCCCUGAAGAAGAAGAUCGAAGAAGCUCUAUCGGCAGCGUUUCCCAUAGACAGCUGGGAAGAAGACGCCUUCGAAUUCUUGGGGGCCCUCAUCAUCGUGCACUCCGACAAGGUGAUGGUCUCACAGGAAAAGUAUGCUGCCACCAGACUCUUCAAUCUGGAUAUCCCCAUCAAGGCGAAGGACGAAGACGAGGCCGAUAAGGAGCUCCAAUCGGACAACAGAUCGCUGAUUGGAGCCCUCUCCUGGCUCUCUGCCCAGAGUCGCCCGGACUUGACAUGCUCAGUCAGCAUGGCGCAACAAUUGCAGAAAUCCCCGACGAUUGGAGACCUCCGGUUCACCAAUGCUAUCGCAGCAAAGGCUCAGCAGUUCAAGCAGCACGGGCUCAUCUUCAAGCCCAUUCAGAGAGACAGGAUGAUGUUCGUGGUCUUUCACGAUGCUGCUUGGGCGAACGUUCCGGAGCCCGACCCCCAGGAGGACUACUACGUGCUCACCGCCGAGGACAAUCUUGCCGGGCUUCAGGAUGAGGGGCCCUACAAGAACAAAGAAGAGGGGCGUAAGGCUAAGAAAGGCAACUCUCGGGUAGCCUCUCAGAUCGGAGUCCUGGUCACCUUCGUCGACAAGGGGUCCCUCAACGGCAACCCCGGGAACUUCAGCAUAGCCGACUGGAAGUCAAGGGCAGGUCAGAGGGUGUGCCGCAGUACGUUUGGGGCCGAAACACAGGCCUGUGCAGAGGGGCUUGAGACGGGCCAGUACAUUCGCUCGAUGUGGGAAUCGCUCAUCUCUGGCGAGUUGGUCACCGUCGAGAACGCCAUCACCCCGAUCCUCUGCCUGAGCGAUUGUAGGUCCCUGUAUGAUCACUUGAACAAGCAAGGGGUACCUCGUGUCCCAACCGACAAGAGGUUGGCUGUAGAUCUAGCUGCCCUUAGGCAGGCCCUGAGAUCCGAGAUGUGGAGCGAAGAUUUGCCGAUAGGGUGGAUCCCCGGGAGUACCCAGAAGGGAGAUAUCCUCACGAAGCCGCAGAGUCCCGCCGAAUGGUGGGAAGGCAUGCAACAACCACUCGUCUUGCCUUUGGCGCAUGGGCGAGGGGGGGCUCUGAUCGGCAACAGGCCGAAGAAGACCGAAGGCAUUUGGUCCGAAUGGAAGAGAAAAGGGCGUACCUUGGAUGCAUAA